UCACGAAUGCUGCUGCUCGGUUCACCGGUCAAGCAAUUUAUUUAUUUCCUCUAUGAGCUGCUUCGCUCCAAUUCAACUGAGAAGAAAGUAACCUUCGUGUACAACAGAGUCACCAGUCUACAUUACGAUUGAUUAGUGAUAAGCCAUCGCGAGCGUUUGAACGAGUCACCCGAAGCAUUCCAAGAGGCUGCACAUGCGAAUGUGGAGUUAAAGUGUAACAAUUAAAUGAAAGUAGAUGCUAGUUAGCCUAUACCAAUGCAAAAAUGAAUUUUGUUAAAGAAGCCACCAAAAUCGUUUUUUUAUGUUUAGUAAUUUCCUGCCAUGUUGCUACUGGUUAUCCAUGUCGAGACCCAGGUGUAAUUGCACAUGCUCGGCGACUUUUUCAGAGGGGUAAUAGACUCGUUCAAUAUAUAUGUGAUGUUGGUUAUGAGGCAUUUGGAAAUCCAUUACUUUCAUGUACAAGGGGAAGAUGGCAAGAUGUAAAACCUGUUUGUGUUGCACCUGGUUGUCCACCUGUAGAAGACUUGAGGAAUGGAGUUAAAGUUGUUAAACAUAAUGGUGCAGUGUUGGUACAUACAUGCAAUGAAGGUUACAACAUUAUAGGAAGCUCCAUUCUGUACUGUGAUGGACAUCGGUGGAAUGCUACAAGGCCUGUUUGCCAGGCUCAUGACUCACACCCUGCCCCUCUUGCCCCAGAAAAUACAAUGCAACCAAUAGUGAGCAAUCCUGUACAAAAUGUUCCAAUAGCUCCCAGGCCUAUUCCAGCAAAUGUUCGGCCAACCAUUGCUAUUAAAACCACCAAUAUAACCACCUCUAUGCCUCAUGUUGGCAUGAAUCCCGGUGUUUUACCAUUUCCAAAUCAAAGAAGUUUCAAUCCGAAUUUUAUGACUCAAAAUAAUUUGCAUCCAAAUGUACGGAAUAGAGUUCCCAAUCCUACUGUAAAUCCUCCCGAGGGUUACAGGAGACCAAACUAUAAUUAUAUGCCCAUUUACAACCGUUACAAUCCAUAUGGUCCAAUAUAUUUGCCAAACACACAGCAAGGAAGAAAUCUACCUAACAGAAACCAAGCAGUUAUGCCAAGGAGUGAGAGAACUAAAAAUGAAAUGUUCCGUAAUACAAACAAGGUAUAUGGAGUAUCUGUUGCUAACAAUAUGUACAACCCAAACAGCCGUGGACCAUACAUGCACAAUUCUCGUAAUCAACAAAUUCACCUUCCUCUUACUGUCCAAACUGAAGUCAAUCAUAACAAUUCAUUUCCUUUAAGAAGAGACGGUCAUAAUCAAAAUCCAAAAAGAACUCGAUUAAUGCAUUUAUUAAAUUUUAACAAAACAAUACAAGGUACCAACUCUCACAAUGACACAACAAGACAGUUUCCGAUAAAUGAAGCUAGACGGAAUGUUUACUCAAGGAAUCAAAACAGGAACCACCAAAUAUCCAGCAUAAAACAAACGAAUUCUCAGCCGACAUUGGUGCAACAGAGACACUUGGUUUGUCCUCGUCCUAUGAGAAUUGCUGGCGGUUAUCUUACUACACAUCCUCUGCCACCUGAUUACUCUGAUGAUCAGUAUGUCUAUUACAUUCAAUAUCAUUGCUUAUCUGGUUUGUCCUUGGUGGGUGGAGACAAUAUUAGUUAUUGUCAAUCAAAUGGCCAAUGGAGUGGUAGAACACCCAAGUGUGCUGUGUUACAAAAAUGUGACCAAGGAUUUGUGCAAGGAGAUGAUGGAGCUUGUACUGACGCCAAUGAAUGUAACUAUAACAAUGGGGGAUGUUCUCAUAUUUGUCACAACUUCAUUGGGGGUUUUUAUUGUAGUUGCCAACGUGGUUACCAGCUGCAGCAAGACCAAUCUUGUAUGGAUAUUAAUGAGUGCGAAGUGUUUAAUCAAGCUUGUAUGUUUGAUUGUGUUAAUAUAGAAGGAUCUUUUUAUUGUCAAUGUAUUAGUGGAUUCAUUAGUCAUGACAAUAUUACUUGUGCAGACAUUGAUGAAUGUGCUAUGAACCAACAUGAAUGCAUGGACACGUGCGUAAACACAGUGGGUAGUUAUCUAUGUGAAUGCUUUGAAGGAAGACAACUUCAAGUGGAUGGAAUUACUUGCUUGGAUGAUGGCAAUGAUAUUGAUACAAAUAACAUACAGAACACUAUUGUCACAGAAACCAUUGCUGAAUGUGAUGGUAGAUCUUAUAUAAACGUGCAGACUAAUACAUGUAUUCCUUGUCCAACCAACUCAGUUAUUUUGGAAGGCUCAGAAGCAAUAGGCAUUGCUGAUUGUGUCUGUCAACCUGGUUACCAUGGAAAUCCUGAACUUCUUCUUCCUUGUUCUGAUUUUAAUGAGUGUAGUGACGGCAACUAUGGUUGUUCUCACUUAUGUGUCAACACGGAUGGAGGGGCUCAUUGUGAUUGUCCAACUGGAUAUGAGUUGGAUACGGAUGGGAGGCUUUGCACAGAUACAAAUGAAUGUAAAGAGAGCGAUGUCUGUGAGAAUGGUGUAUGUUCAAACACAAGAGGAAGCUAUGAAUGCAUAUGUUAUCAUGGUUACAUGGCUCAAACGGAUCACUCCAGCUGCAUUGAUAUUAACGAAUGUGAAAUAGAAAAUGGCGGAUGUAGUGAUAUUUGCAAAAAUUAUCAGGGUGGUUUUCGUUGUGCAUGUCCAGGAAGUGCAAGGUUAUUAAGUAAUGGAAAAAGUUGUCAAGCUGUCAGUCAUGUAUGUUCACCGCUUAUGGAUCCUGAGCAUGGCCACGUUCUUCCUGCACGGCUUUGUCAAGGUGACUAUCCCAUCACCAUCGGCCGUGUUUGCAUUUACACAUGCUCUCAUGGUUACCAAGUACAAGGAGAAAGUAGAAGAGAAUGUGGGGUGAAUGGUUGGUCAGGGGAAGCUCCUACUUGCUUAGUAACUGAGUUUUGUCCUCCUUUGACUCGACCAAACAACACCGAGAUCAUACCAAAGUCUUGUUACCAACAACCGAACUUACAGUGGCAGCUGUGCCUGUUUGUGUGUAAGAGUGGAUUUGUACUUGUGGGAAAACUAACCAUGAGGUGCGGACCCAACCAGAUAUGGGAUGGGAAGCCUUCUUACUGUGUAAGGAAAUAUCCACAGGCUCCAACAGUUCCACCCCUUGUACCAAUGAUACAAUGUCCACCAGAUAUUGAUGUUGUUUUAAUGGAUGGAAGCUCAUUUGCUAAUGUUACGGUAUUGGGUCCAGUUUCUAACAUGAACAUUAUUGAGCAAGAAAAUGAUGGACGUGCAUCUCGUAACACCUUUCCUGCUGGCACAACGAUUGUACACUUUACUGCAUUCUCUGUUGAUCGAAGCCAGCAAGCAUCAUGCGAUAUGAAAGUAAAUGUUCGAGUACUUAAUAUUUCAGAUAUAUCAGCACCUGUAAUACAAAGAUGCCCAGGUUCUAUUUCUGUUAUAUCAAAUGAAGAGUAUGGAAACAUAACAUGGGAGGAACCAUUGUUCAGCGACAAUGUUCGAUUACACAAAGUUCGAAUGUCACGUGUUCCUUCCGGACCAAUUACGUGGGGAACAUAUCGUUUGACGUAUAUAGCAAGUGAUGCAGCUGGAAACAAAGCCGAAUGUUCUUUUUCUGUUACUGUUCGAUCUUCUACAAGGUGUAACAACAUAAACCGGCCUUUAAAUGGUCGAUUAGAUUGUCGGCAUUGGUUGAAGGGAAAAUACUGUGAAGUAUCCUGUAAUGCGGGUUUCACGUUUGAUCAUACGCCAGCUCAUGUAUAUGUUUGCACGCGAGGAAAAUGGUCCCCCACCAAUCGACUACCAAAUUGUUUAAGCCAAAACUCCAAUUUAUUUACAUCAUCAACCACCAUCCGACCAACAGAGACUGUACUAACACACAGGUCACAUCAACUCUUCAAUGAAUCAUCUUUGGCAUUACCUUCGAUAAGAAAAAAUUGUGGACCUGGAAGUGAAGCAGUUCACAUUAAUAAUAGAAUAGUCAGGUGCAAACUUUGUGAAGCAGGAUACUACAAACCGAAUGUACGUGCAGUGCUCUCUUGUAUUCCAUGUCCGCGUGGUUUUUACCAGGAAUCGCGAGGCAUGGGUUAUUGUGAACGAUGUCCAAAUUAUGAAACUGUACAAACCAACUCAAGCAUUCCUAUUAUGCGUGGUUUUGCCUCGCUAGCGGCGUGCAGCAUGUUAGGAGGAACGUAAAGUUAACAAAAAUGUUAGAUUUUUAGGAUUUGUUGCAGUGUUGUUUGACGAUUUUAAACCAAUAAUUAAGUGCAAUAACCUGGAAGUAAAAACAUUUUAAAUUAUUUAUACCACUUCACUUAUGCUCAUGUAGUAAUGUAAAUAUUUAUUUUCGAUUCAAAAUUUACCAUCAGUUAAAUGUUGUUUAAUAAAGCAGAAAUAAAGUAUA